GGUACGGAAGAAGCUCGGAAUGCUGCUCAGAAUGCAGCAAAUUUGAACAAUGCUGCAGCCGCUGGUGCUGCUGCUGGAGCUGUUGGAUUGGAAGCUGUGCUGGCUAUGUUGGACCAAGUCUUGGCAAGGCUGCCUGCUGUGGCGGCACCUCCAGUGGUUCCACCUAUUGUGGACGAGGCGGAGCAAGUGGUGCAAGAUGGAGAAGAUGCACACGUUGCAGAAAUUGGGAACCAAUUUCUUUUCGGGUGGUUCCAAACUAGUGGAAGCCGAUCAAUGGAUUGACAGGAUAGGCCGGAACUUUAUGUCGAUCAGUUGUCCUCUUGCCUACAAGAAGGACAUUGCUGUCCACUACUUGGAUGGUGAUGCGCACACCUGGUGGCGCGGUGUUGCUGCCCGAAUUGGUGCGGAUCAGUGCACCUGGGCCAACUUUAAGGACGAGUUCCGUGCGAAGUACUUUCCGCCGGAAGCAUUUGACCAACUCGAGGGAGCCUUCCUCAGACUGGAACAGGGAUCUAUGUCUGUAAGGGAAUAUGAAGUGGAGUUCAACAGCCUCAAGAAGUAUGCUGGGCGUGAGGCAGAGCCUGAGAUAUCCUUGGUCCAUAAAUUCAUGCGCGGACUUAGGGUCGAUCUCCGAACCCGUUGUAAGAUCCAUAACUAUGAUACCGUGGCCGAACUGGUGGAAAAGGACGCGGAGCAAGAAGCGGGAAUCAAUGAGGAAGCCAAAGUAUUUGGCACAGUGGCGCAUGUCCAUCCUGGUAAGCAUGCGGGGAAGAAUCAAAAGGUGGUGAAGUCUGGCUCUUCCAGCAAGCCGAAUGCAACCACUCGCAGUGCGUGUUCGACUUGUGGGAAGAUGCAUUCUGGUGUGUGCCGUGCUGCUACAGGAGCUUGUCACCGUUGUGGAAGUAUGGAUCAUAAGGUGCGGGAUUGUCCUGAAGAAGACCAAAGGCCGAAGAGCCAGAACAGGAGUACUGGGUAACGCGUGUGCUACAACUGCGGUGAAACUGGACACUUCAAGA